CGUGUAUGCCGAGCGAGGCAAAAGCAACGCCACCGACGAGAGCCGCAGACUGCACGACACACACACAGACGUACUUACUUACUUACACAUAUAUUGUAGAGAGAGACAGAGGAGUGUAUAUAGCUUCGCUGCGCGCCAGUAGAGUUUGGUACACGGUACUGGUGAGAUACUCUCUUGUACUGUGCUCUACCUUACGACACGAUCCAACGACUCAUUACCCAACAUUGUUAUUACAGUAUCGUUUCAACGAGUUUAAUUCCUGUGGUGUGUACGUUUCGAAGCUACCAACAUUGAAGGCUCGUUUUAUUUGACUAUCAAUCGCAAUCGUCGUCGUCACCGUGUUGUUUAUGCGGCGCGCGAGCUCCUAUUCUGCUGCUGCUGCCGCCGCCGCCGCCGCCGAUACACUUUAAUUUCGUCGUCUGCCCGCGCAUCGUAGCGCUGGCAUAGGACACAGUGUCAGCAUCGCAUUGUAAAAGCGUCUCUCGUAGUCUCGCAGUGCCGUAGCAGCGGCCAAGCAGCAUCGACAAGUGUGUACGUGUGGCCCCUGGCCAGUGUAACUGCGUGUGCGUGUCUCUUGUGCAUAUCAGUGUUGUUGAGCGCGGUGUAGACGCGUGCCUUCCGUUGAUGCCAAUUGUUGCUGAAACCACUGCUUCUACUGUUGCCACCGCUGCCGCUGACCUUGCCCUCGGCAAGUACCUACUACUGGACCUGUGAGCCAGAUCGACAUGGCGUCCGACGAGGAAGUUGACGAGAGCUUCGCUGGAGAAGAUGAAGUUGAAGAAAGUGGUGCACAAGUUGCUGGAGCUCAUGUAGAAGGAUCAACCGACGCGGAAGAAAAUCCUAGACCGGAGGAAGACGAUGACUAUGAGCCUGAGGAGCGCAAGAAGAAGAAGGGUAAAAAACGAAAGGGCCGAAGCGAAGACAAAAGGGGCAAGAAGAAGAAGAAAAAGAAAAAGUCUGAUUCUGGCGAUGAAAGCGAUUAUGGUGGCGGUGCGGUUGCGCCAGGCGCUGACGCUGACAUGGAUGUCGAUGACAGCGACUACACGUCCAACCGUAAGAGUCGCAAAUCGUCUUCACGCAAGUCGAAUCACGGCGCCGCCCCCUCUACUCCUGCGGCCUCGACCCAGAGCCAAGAGCCUUCUACCGGUAUGCCGACCGUCGACGAAGUUUGCAACACUUUUGGGCUUCAAGAUGUGCCGAUUGAGUACACCGAUGCCGAUUUCCAAAAUCUCACAACCUACAAGCUGUUUCAACAGCAUGUCCGACCACUUUUAUCUAAGGAAAAUCCCAAGGUGCCUAUUUCCAAGCUUAUGAUGCUGGUCGCCGCCAAAUGGCGCGAUUUCUCCGAAAUGAAUCCACACACCCAACCGGAGGUUGACGUUUCGACGCAAUCCGUCGACGAAGAUAGAAAUUCCAGAUCGAAUCGCAGUGCAAUGGUUCAAGAAGACGAGGAAGACGAAGAAGAUGACGACAGCGAUCGCAAGAAAAAAUCGCGCAGCUCAAGGAUGAAGAAAGGCAAGAAAGCUUCAAAAGUUCCUACUCUCAAGAUCAAGCUGGGAAAACGUAGACGCGGUAGUUCCGACGAUGAAGUCGAAGGUAGCGGACAAGGUUCGGACCGAGAUUCCGACAUGGAGUUUGAACAAAUGUUGGCCGAUGCCGAGGACGUACCCCCAGAGAACGACGCCAAAAGCAACGAGGCCAAUAAUGAAGCACCCGUGGAUCCACCGCCACGUAAGAAGGCCAAAACCAAAUUUGGUAACAAAAGCAAAAAGAAGAAGAGCAAAAAGGCCGCAUCGAAAUUCCCUGACGGCGAAACCGACCACCAGGACUACUGCGAAGUUUGCCAACAAGGAGGUGAAAUCAUACUCUGCGAUACUUGUCCGAGAGCUUAUCACCUUGUUUGCCUCGAGCCUGAACUCGAAGAGACACCCGAAGGCAAAUGGAGCUGUCCCCAUUGUGAAAAUGAAGGUGCCGCCGACGAUGACGACGAGCACAUGGAAUUCUGUAGAGUGUGCAAAGACGGUGGCGAACUGCUUUGUUGCGACAGUUGUACGAGCGCCUAUCACACGCACUGUCUGAACCCUCCCCUUGACGACAUCCCUGACGGCGAUUGGAAAUGUCCACGUUGCUCCUGUCCACCCCUGUUCGGAAAAGUUGCCAAAAUUCUCACUUGGCGCUGGAAAGAAGAAGAGGACACCCCCGCCGACGGUGAAGAACCCUCCACGUCCAAGGCCAAUAAUUCGAAAAAACGUCGAGUCCGCGAGUUCUUCGUUAAAUGGGUCGAUCGUUCUUAUUGGGAUUGUGACUGGGUCACCGAGUUGCAGUUGGAUGUGUUCCACCCUCUCAUGUUCCGCAAUUACUCUCGUAAGUACGACAUGGAUGAGCCGCCCAAACUAGAGGAACCUCUCGACGAAAGCGACUCUCGCGUCAAGCGCAUUAAGGACAAAGACAAGCAACACUCAACGAAGCGCGAAGAUUACAAUCUUGAGGAGCGUUUCUAUCGCUACGGCGUCCGCCCCGAAUGGUUGGUUGUCCACCGAAUAAUAAAUCACAGACUGCAGCGAGACGGUCGCGCAAUGUAUCUUGUAAAGUGGCGUGAUCUUGGUUACGAUCAGUCUACAUGGGAAGAUGAACACGCCGACAUUCCAGGAUUAAAGAUCGCUAUCGAGUACUAUCUCGAUCUAAGGGCAGCCAACAGCGCGGAUGGACCCACGAGAAAGGGGAAGAAGGGCAAAGGCAAAAAAUCAAAAACGAAAGAACUCAUGGAAGAUGACGAUCGUGUCCCUAGAAGGUAUACCCCUCCACCAGAAAAACCCACAACAGAUCUCAGAAAGAAAAUGGAAAGACAACCAGAAUACCUCGACGUAACUGGCAUGCAGCUUCACCCCUACCAGCUCGAGGGUUUGAACUGGCUCAGGUAUUCUUGGUCACAAGGAACAGAUACUAUUCUUGCUGAUGAGAUGGGUCUCGGUAAAACAAUCCAGACCAUUACAUUUUUGUACUCUUUGUACAAAGAGGGUCACUGCAAAGGACCUUUCCUCGUUUCUGUACCACUUUCGACCAUCAUCAAUUGGGAGAGAGAAUUCGAAACUUGGGCUCCUGACUUCUACUGUGUCACUUAUGUCGGUGACAAAGACAGUCGUAUGGUAAUUCGCGAGAACGAGUUGUCUUUCGAAGAAGGCGCCGUUCGAGGUAGCCGUGCGUCAAAGAUCCGAUCGUCGUCUAUCAAAUUCAACGUUCUACUCACCAGCUACGAGUUAAUCUCCAUCGACUCAGCUUGUUUGGGCUCGAUCGACUGGGCAGUCCUCGUUGUCGACGAAGCUCAUCGUUUGAAAUCCAAUCAAAGCAAAUUCUUCAGGUUGCUGGCCUCAUACAACAUCGCAUACAAGCUGUUGCUUACCGGCACACCUUUACAGAACAAUUUAGAAGAAUUAUUCCAUUUGUUAAACUUCUUGUGUCGUGACAAAUUUAACGAUCUAUCAGCUUUCCAAAACGAGUUCGCUGAUAUAUCAAAAGAAGACCAAGUCAAAAAGUUGCACGAAAUGUUGGGCCCUCACAUGUUGCGUCGUUUAAAGGCUGAUGUACUGAAGAACAUGCCUAGCAAAUCUGAAUUUAUUGUGCGUGUCGAGUUAUCACCGAUGCAAAAGAAAUAUUACAAAUAUAUUUUAACGCGCAAUUUUGAAGCUCUCAAUCCUAAGGGUGGUGGCCAACAAGUAUCGCUACUUAAUAUCAUGAUGGACUUGAAAAAAUGCUGUAACCAUCCGUAUUUGUUCCCGGCUGCUUCACAAGAGGCUCCAACUGGGCCUAAUGGAAAUUAUGAGGUCGGAGCUCUCAUCAAAGCUGCAGGAAAACUAGUUUUACUCAGCAAAAUGUUGAGAAAGUUGCGCGAUGAUGGCCAUCGUGUACUGAUCUUCUCUCAAAUGACAAAAAUGUUAGAUCUACUUGAAGAUUAUCUAGAAGGAGAAGGAUAUAAGUAUGAGAGAAUCGAUGGUAAUAUUACAGGUACUCAAAGGCAAGAGGCCAUCGAUAGAUUUAAUGCACCUGGUGCUCAACAAUUUGUAUUUUUGCUGUCUACUAGGGCUGGUGGUCUAGGUAUCAAUUUGGCCACAGCCGAUACUGUGAUAAUCUACGAUUCCGACUGGAAUCCACAUAACGACAUACAAGCUUUCUCUCGAGCCCAUCGUAUUGGUCAAGCUAAUAAAGUCAUGAUCUAUCGUUUUGUUACGCGAAAUUCAGUCGAAGAACGUGUAACACAAGUAGCUAAAAGAAAAAUGAUGUUGACUCAUUUGGUCGUAAGACCAGGAAUGGGUGGAAAGGGAGCGAAUUUCAGUAAACAAGAACUCGAUGAUAUUUUGCGGUUCGGAACCGAAGAACUUUUCAAGGAGGAAGAAGGCAAAGAAGAUGAGGCCAUUCACUAUGACGACAAGGCCGUUGCUGAACUCCUUGAUCGUAGCAAGGAAGGUAUCGAACAAAAAGAGAAUUGGGCGAACGAGUAUUUGAGCUCCUUCAAAGUAGCCUCGUAUCAAACCAAGGAAGGCGAAACCGAAGAGGAAGCUGAUACAGAAAUCAUCAAACAAGAGGCCGAAAACACUGACCCUGCCUACUGGAUCAAACUCCUGCGCCAUCACUACGAACAGCAACAAGAGGACAUCGCGAGAACUUUAGGCAAAGGCAAGCGUGUCAGGAAGCAGGUGAGCCGAUAUGUCAAUUACAACGAUGGAGCCGUUACUGGAGAUCAAGGCAGAAACGAUGAUCAACCUUGGCAAGACAAUAUGUCAGACUACAACAGCGAUUUCAGUGCUCCAAGCGACGAUGAUAAAGAAGACGACGACUUUGAUGAAAAAGGCGAUGGUGAUCUUCUCUCAAGACGCAGCAGACGUAGGCUGGAACGUCGCGAUGAGAAAGAUAGACCAUUACCUCCUCUACUUGCUAGAGUUAAUGGUAAUAUCGAAGUUCUUGGUUUCAACGCUCGUCAACGAAAAGCGUUCCUCAAUGCUAUCAUGCGCUACGGUAUGCCACCUCAAGAUGCUUUCAAUUCACAAUGGCUUGUACGUGAUCUCAGAGGAAAAUCUGAGAAAAACUUCAAAGCAUACGUAUCAUUGUUUAUGCGUCACUUGUGUGAACCUGGAGCGGAUAAUGCCGAAACCUUUGCCGAUGGCGUUCCCCGAGAGGGUUUGAGUCGCCAACACGUGCUUACACGCAUCGGUGUGAUGUCACUCAUACGUAAAAAGGUACAAGAAUUUGAACAUAUCAAUGGCUACUACUCCAUGCCAGAAAUGAUUCGCAAACCCGUGGAACCGGUCAAACCAGCAGAUGGGGCAGCUACAACAGCAGCAGCUACAGCUACACCAGCUGCGCCUGCUAAUGACGCCGGAGCUGCUACUGGCACAGCAAGUAGCACUACAACCCCAGCCACCUCUAAUGCACCAAGUCCCAGUCCUGCUGCAACACCGACACCAGCAGCCUCAAAAGAGGGCGAAAGCAAUGCCAAGGAUGGUGAAAAAGACAAAGAUGCUGCAAAUAGCACAGAAAAUAAUGACGAAAACAAAACUAAAGAUAAUGAAACUGUUAAAGAGGAUACAAAGAAUGAUGAAGAAAAUACGCCCCCUAAAAAAGAAGAGGAUGGUAAAGAUAAAAAAGUAGAGAACGCUGCAGAUGAAGGAAAAGAAACGACAGAGGCUGAAGUUAAUGAUAAAGAAGUUGAAAAGGUUGCGGAAGCAAAAAAAGAAAAUGAGCAGGUUGUUCCAGAAGAAACUGACACUAAACCUUCCAAAGAAGAAAAAGCUGCUGUUCUUGAAAAUGCCAACGCUAAGCCUAAAGCAGAAAACGUUGAAGACGAUGUAGUAAUUGUUAAAGAUGACGACGAGGAAGCUAACGACAAAAAAGAUGGCGAAAUCAAAAACAAAGACGCGAAAGACAAAGAAUCUGACACAGAAAAACCUGUGCGGAAAUUCAUGUUCAAUAUCGCUGAUGGCGGUUUCACUGAGUUACACACUCUCUGGUUAAACGAAGAGAAAGCUGCAUCACCUGGUCGUGAAUUUGAAAUUUGGCACAGGCGACAUGAUUAUUGGCUACUAGCUGGUAUUGUCACUCAUGGCUAUGGCCGUUGGCAGGAUAUCACGAAUGACAUCCGGUUUGCUGUCAUUAAUGAACCGUUCAAAAUGGACGUUGGCAAAGGAAAUUUCCUAGAAAUCAAAAACAAGUUUUUGGCCAGACGUUUCAAACUGCUCGAGCAAGCUCUUGUCAUCGAAGAGCAAUUGCGAAGGGCAGCUUAUCUCAAUCUUACUCAGGAUCCAAAUCACUCGGCGAUGGGAUUGAAUUCACGGUUUGCUGAAGUUGAAUGUCUAGCCGAGUCGCAUCAGCAUCUAAGUAAGGAGAGCCUCUCUGGCAACAAACCUGCUAAUGCAGUCCUACACAAGGUCCUUAAUCAACUGGAGGAACUGCUUUCGGAUAUGAAAUCGGAUGUCAGUAGACUACCAGCAACCUUGGCAAGAAUACCUCCAGUAGCUCAACGAUUACAAAUGUCAGAAAGGUCGAUUCUUAGUCGAUUAGCUACGACAACCUCUGGGGGAAAUAAUGCGCAAGCAGGACAAGCUGCGCUUUUAGCACAACAGUUCCCUGCUGGAUUUGUCGCUGGACAAAUACCAAGCACUUUUGCCGGUUCUGCCAACUUCGGAAACUUCAGGCCGAAUUAUUCAGUUCCCGGGCAACCACCUCAAGCUUAAGUGAAUCCAGGGACCGGUUUAGAUAUUAGUGUUUAUAAGAAGAAAAUGUUAAAACAAGUAUGCAUCGACUGAAAAAUUAGGGGCGUAUGCGUAUAUGUUAUUAAAGUAUGAAUGAGUAGUAUGCUGUGUAAUCUUAUUUUUCGUAAGUUACAAUCAUCUUCAGAUAAGCACAUUUUCUAGCUGGGUUCUCACUAGAUAAAAAUCGUCUUAUGGCGAACGCUCUUAAUGUUAAUUAAUAUUAAUAAUAAUCUUAAAAUUAACAAAUAAAUUAUAUAAAUAUAUAUAUAUAAAAUAAGAUAAUUCUAAAUUACAUCUUUCUGUAUUAUGUGGAUAAAUUCAAUGAACGGAGAGAAGUAAAACAUUUUUGUAUUGCAAGGUGUGGACAUGAAUUCAAAGUUUAAUGUUCCCUCAGUUAUUUGGAGCAGAACUCGAAACGUGCUCGCGUUUUUUGUAUUUAUGAAUGAUUACGCAUUACUUAAGUUUAUUUAAGAUAAAAUGUAUUUUUAUUUGAAUUUUAAGAUUAAACAAAAAUUUGUUCAAAA